ACUGCACUUUCACCAAACGUUGUCCUCCUCCCCCAGACGCAUCAAUUGGAAGCCUUGCUUACUUUGAUAAGAGAUAAAACAACAUCCAGAGGGGAUUUCAUUUUCUAUUCUGACAGAAUUAUUAGACUUUUGGUGGAAGAAGGUUUAAAUCAUCUUCCCGUAGUCGAAAAGAAUGUUACUACGCCUACAGGGAAAGACUACGCAGGUGUUCAAUUCAAGGGUAAGAUAUGUGGUGUAUCUAUAAUGAGAGCUGGCGAGUCCAUGGAACAAGGGUUACGUGAAUGUUGUAGGAGUGUGAGAAUUGGAAAGAUCUUGAUACAGAGAGAUGAAGAUACGGCAAAGCCCAAGCUCUACUAUGCCAAGCUCCCAAGUGACAUUGAUAAACGCUAUGUGCUUUUACUGGAUCCAAUGCUGGCAACGGGCGGAUCGGCCAUCAAAGCAAUAGAAGUGUUGAUGGCUCAUGGUGUAAAGGAAGAUAAAAUAUUAUUUCUUAAUCUGCUCGCAUCUCCUGAAGGCAUAAAAGCAGUAACGAGCAAACACUCUGCACUAAAGAUCAUUACUGCUUUUGUGGAUGAAGGGCUGGAUGAAAAGAAAUAUAUUAUACCAGGCCUUGGUGAUUUUGGCGAUCGUUACUUUACUCUUCCCUAA